AUGAGCGGCAGCGGCGAGGCCGAUCCCGCACCCGCGGCCCCCGCCGGGCCCGGCCCCGCGGCCCCUCCCGCCCCGGCAGCCCCCGCCCCCGACACCAACAAGCCCAGCCCGGCCCCCGCCGGCAGCGGCCUCCCCGGGGCGGCCCCGGGAGCGGUGGGAGGGGCGGCGCGGGGGAGCGAGGGCGGCGCGGCCGGCGGGAGGGGGCCCGUGCCGGUGUCAGCAGCCGUGGCCGCCGCUCCCCUCGCCCCGGAGGGGGCGAUGUCCAACGGUGUCUACGUGCCCGCCAGCGCGGCCAACGGGGAGGUGAAGCCGGUGGUGUCCACCACGCCGCUGGUGGAUUUCCUGAUGCAGCUGGAGGAUUACACCCCCACGAUCCCGGACGCCGUCACCGGGUAUUACCUCAACAGAGCCGGGUUCGAGGCUUCGGACCCCCGCAUAAUCCGUUUGAUCUCCUUGGCUGCCCAGAAAUUCAUCUCCGACAUCGCCAACGACGCUCUGCAGCACUGCAAGAUGAAGGGCACGGCCUCGGGCAGCUCCCGCAGCAAGAGCAAGGACAAGAAGUACACCCUGACCAUGGAGGACCUGACUCCAGCACUGGCAGAGUAUGGCAUCAACGUGAAGAAACCUCACUAUUUCACAUGAACUUCCAGGGGUUCUCACUGGGGACUUCUGAUUUUUGGUGUCAUUUCUGUGCCAUUAAACACCUGGGUAGGUUUUUUUUUCCUUU